AUGCUGAUAUCGAACCGUGGAACUACCCUCGCAGGCUCCGAUAGUAUUCGCACUCGUCAUCGCACUGUGAUCCGCGAUGGCAAACUUGAGACACAGCGAUACGAAAAGCGUGUCCCGCGCGAGCGGCUCCACGACGAGCGAGAGGAAGGCUGCUCCAAGGCCGCAUUCAUCGCAGCUGCGUCCAACGGCCACACGCUGGUGCUCGAGUUCCUUCAGGCAAUCUACGCAGCCCUCGGAUCUGGGGCGGCGGAGCUUCUUGCCAGACACGGCCACCUCGAUGCAGUGACGUUCCUGACCCGUCAUUUCCUCGUCCGGCGUCCCGAUCUUGAGCCAGCUUUGGUGGCCGCUGCUGCAAAUGGGCAUGGAGGGUACCGGAUCCCGAUGGGGCUUUCAAUGCGGCGGCGGAAAUUGGCCACGGUGGUGGUCAAGCUGGCCAUGGACACUGCCAGUGCACUGACGGCGCGUCUGCAGCUGCGGUAUCCGUCGCUUCGGUCGGCCAAAGAUAUGUUCAAUAUCGUGCGGAAUGCCUCGCUGAAGACUUUCCGCAAGAAGAUUGUGGAUCUCCAUACCAAGAUCAUGAAGGAGCUCGAUCGCUCAUUUGACACGAGCAAGCCUGGGGUUUAUCUGCCCAAUUACAUUCCUGUGAUUUUCCAGGACGGAGCGUUCGGGGAAGCCUAUGGUGAGGACCGAACGCCAACGUACGUGCUGCUACCGGAAACCAACAACAACAAGGUGUUCCUGCUGCAACAGAUGCCGCUGCUGUAUAACUUCAUCGCCGAGAAAAGGAUGGUCACAGGUUCUGGAUACGAGAACCCGGCACCGAUGGAUACGUUUGUGGCGCUGAUGGAUAAGUUUUUCACCACCAGAGAGGUGACGGUCCCUGUGGUAUUUGCGUGCAUUGCUGGAUGA